AUGCUACUCGACAAGAAACUGCUGCUAUCAGUGGCGACUCUCGUCGCCCAGACACUAGGUCAGCCACAGGCCGCCGCCGGUGCGGGCAAUGCAGUCGCUCCAGAUGAUUCGCACGUCGUUAAACUCGGUGGCGACGAGUUCGACCAGUUCGUUAAGGAGAACCCGCUUUUCUUGGCGGAGUUCUUUGCCCCUUGGUGUGGACACUGUAAGAACUUGGCGCCAGAGUACGUCGAGGCUGCAGAGACCCUGUUGGAUGAAAAUAUCCCAUUGGUUCAAUUGGACUGUGAGGAUAACAGGGAGUUCUGCAUGGGGUUGCAAAUUCCUGGGUACCCUACUCUAAAGGUGUACAAGAACGGUUCCUCAAAGGAUUACCAAGGUGGGAGAACCGCUCAGAGUAUUGUCUCGUACAUGAGGAAACAGUCUCUACCUACAGUACAGGUCGUCCAAGAGGAAACUGUCCUUAAGGAGCUCGUUAGAAACGCUACGAUCCCUGUCGUUGUUGAUACUGGUGCUAAGGGUGUCAAUGCUACUUUCUAUAACGUUGCUGAUAAAUUGGCUGACGACUGCAUUUUCGUGUCGUUGGAUUCUUCUGCCAAGAAGACGAUGCCAGAGGCCAGUGUGCUUUUGUUUGCUGCUGACGCUCAAGAGGAGGCGAAACCCUUUGUGUUCGACGGGGACUUGGCCCAAGUAGCCAAGAACUCUACUCUUUUGGAAAACUGGAUUAAGCAGGAAUCUGUUCCUUACUUUGGUGACGUCAACGGGAACACUUUCGAAAUGUACGUCGAAUCCGGGAAACCUCUAGCUUACUUCUUCUACACCUCCGAGGAUGAAAGAGAGGAAUACGCAAAAUUCUUCACCCAAUUGGGUGAGAAGCAUCGUGGUGUGAUCAACUUCGCCGGUCUGGACGCCUCGAAAUACGGGAAACACGCUGAAAACUUGAACAUGAAGGAACAGUUCCCCCUAUUCGUCGUCCAUAACGUUUCUUCGAACUUGAAAUACGGUAUGCCACAGAUGGAUGACGCUAAAUUCGCGGAAUUGUCCAGACCAUUGAAAUUGAAGACUAAGGAUAUCACAAACUUUGUAGACCAAGUACUAGCGGGCAAAGCGGAACCAAUCAUCAAGUCGGAACCGGUCCCAGAGACUCAGGAUUCAAACGUCCACAAACUCGUCGCAAAGACUCACAACGAGAUCACAAGCGACCCCAAAAAGGACGUCUUCGUCAAGUACUACGCCCCAUGGUGUGGACACUGUAAGAAACUAGCACCCAUCUUCGAAGAGAUGGCAGACAUCUACGCACAGGAUAAGACCGCAGCUGGGAACGUUGUCGUCGCCGAAGUGGACUGUACUUUGAACGACAUCUCAGACGUGGACAUCGUCGGAUUCCCAACGAUGAUCCUAUACCCUGCUGGGAAAAACUCCACACCAGUCGUCUACGAGGGGUCCAGAUCCCUAGAAGACAUGAUGCAAUUUAUCCACGAGAACGGUGCCAACGACGUCGACGGUCUUGCUAUCAGCAAGAAAAUCGCAGCGGAGAGCCAAGCGGAGGAGGCCUCCGAAUCGAAGGCUGCACACCAGAGCAAGAGCACAAAGCCAGCGGCAAAGUCCGCUGCAGCAGACGUCGAACACGACGAGUUGUGA